GGCGUGUUUUAUUGAAGUUUGUUAAUUAAACGUUUUUAAAGGUUCUCUCUACGGAAUAUGCUGGUAACGUAUUGACGAUGGAUGACAAUUUGAACGAAUCGUCCGGCUCAGAUUUCGACGAUGACGAGGAUCCGGAUAAGAUCCAGGUGCCAGGUGGCGGAAAGGACCUGGCGGCGGCGGCCGGCAUCUUCGAGUCGCGCGACAGCAAGGCGAAGGAGGAGACCAGCGUUAAGCCGCCGGUAAUGAGCAUGCCGGCGAACAGCAAGUUUCCCGCUUUCAACCCCGGCUACGAUCUGAUGCGGAACGCGACCAUGCAACCGUCGCCUUACGGCGGCAUGAACAGUAUGGCUGCUAUGGCAAGCAUGCUGAGCAGUUUGGGUGGCCCCCUUAAUAUGGGGGGUAUGUUUCCCUCAAGUGCCGGUUUCAACGCUGCACAACUUUUGCAGCAGAUGGAGAUGGCUGUGAUGGGUAUGAACAUGAACAAUCCGUACAUACAAAACCCCUUCCUGCAGAACCUCUCCUCGCUGAUGUACGGAAAUCCGACCGGGCACUCUUGGGGUCCCCAGUUGAGCAACAAGGCGGUCAUGUCAAUGUGGAUGAACGCGGAUUCGAAGCAGAUGGCGCAACCGCACGAGGAGGAGGAGGUCGACGACGAAGAGCUGGGCGUCGCCGAGACCUACGCCGAUUACAUGCCUGCGAAACUCAAACUGGGACGUAAACAUCCCGAUCCGGUCGUCGAGACCGCCUCCCUGUCGUCGGUGGCGCCCGCCGACGUCUGGUACAAGCUCGCGAUCCCGGACGAGUCGAUCAAAACGGGCCAACUGUCCGCCCUGCAGCUCGAGAGCAUAACGUACGCGUCCCAGCAGCACGAACAUAUCCUACCGGACGGAUCGCGAGCCGGAUUUCUAAUCGGCGACGGUGCCGGCGUCGGAAAGGGGCGCACCAUCGCCGGCAUAAUUCUAGAAAAUUACCUCAAGAAUCGUAAGCGCGCGAUCUGGAUAUCCGUAUCCAACGAUUUGAAGUACGACGCCGAACGGGACCUGCGCGAUAUUGGCGCCGGAAAGAUCGACGUUCACCCCCUGAACAAGUUCAAGUACGCGAAGAUAUCAUCGGCGAUUAACGGCAACGUCAAGAAGGGCGUCAUAUUCUCGACGUACUCCGCUUUGAUCGGCGAGUCGAACACGGCCGGCGGUAAAUACAAGUCGCGCUUGAAGCAGCUGCUGCAGUGGUGCGGAUCCGAUUUCGACGGUCUGAUUAUAUUCGACGAGUGUCACCGUGCAAAGAAUUUGUGUCCCGUUGGAUCGUCGAAACCGACCAAAACUGGUCUGACCGUGCUCGAACUGCAAAACAAACUGCCAAAGGCGAGAGUCGUGUACGCUUCGGCGACCGGCGCGUCUGAACCGCGCAACAUGGCGUACAUGGUACGUCUGGGCAUGUGGGGCGAGGGGACGCCGUUCGGCGAGUUCGCCGAUUUCAUCUCGGCGGUGGAAAAGCGAGGCGUCGGCGCAAUGGAGAUCGUUGCGAUGGACAUGAAAUUGCGCGGCAUGUACAUCGCGAGGCAGUUGAGUUUUCACGGUGUAGCUUUUAAGAUCGAAGAGGUCCCGCUUUCGGACGAUUUCGUUAAGAUCUAUGACGCGAGCGUUAAGCUGUGGGUGGAGGCGAUGCAGAAGUUUCAGGAGGCGGCCGAGCUCGUCGACGCCGAGAACCGCAUGCGGAAGACGAUGUGGGGGCAGUUCUGGUCGUCCCACCAGCGGUUCUUCAAGUAUCUGUGUAUCGCCGCCAAGGUUCCGCACGCAGUCGGCACCGCUCACGAGUCCAUCAAGUGUGGCAAGUGCGUGGUCAUCGGCUUGCAGAGCACGGGGGAGGCGAGGACGCUCGAGCAGUUGGAGCGCGACGAUGGCGAGCUCACCGAUUUUGUCUCGACCGCGAAGGGCGUUUUCCAGACGCUGGUGGAGAAGCACUUUCCCGCUCCCGAUCGUAAUCGAAUACACCGACUGCUCGGUUUGGAGCCACCGUCGCAUUCGAAGAAUUCCAUGAAUGGGGAGGAGGGCGCGAGUUCGACAGGGAAGCGCAAACCUACUCGACAGGCAGCUGCAAAGGCCAUCAAAAGGAACAAGUGGUCAACAUCAGACAGCGAUAAUAACAAAAGCGAUUCCGAUCACACGUCCGGUUCCGAGUACAAGAUGUCAGAUAUUGAAUCGGAAAUUUCGGAGGAACAUUCCGAUUCCAACGCCAGCAGUGACUUUAACCCCUUCAAUUCGGACAGCGAUUCCGACAACGAUCCCUGGAGCCGAAAAAAGAAGGGCAAGCAGAGUAAGAAGAGCGCGACAAAGAAGAAGGCGGCCUCGUCCACCACCCAGGACAAGAUCUCACUAUUGCUAGCGAAAAAGGGCGCCAAUAACAAGGUGAAGACGAACGGGGGGAUUUCGGCGGUGUUGGACUCGAAGACGUGCGCGCCGCCGAAGGACGCGAUCGAGCGCGCCUGCAACAUGAAGGAGGAUCUGCUGCACAAAAUCGAGCGGUUGGGCGAAAGGUUGCCACCCAACACUCUCGAUCAGCUCAUCGACGAACUGGGCGGACCGGAGAACGUCGCCGAAAUGACCGGGCGCAAAGGACGAGUUGUGCAGACUGAAGACGGUAUUCAGUACGAAAGUCGGUCGGAGGUCGACGUGCCCUUGGAGACGCUCAAUUUAACGGAAAAGCAACGAUUUAUGGACGGCGAAAAGGACGUCGCUAUCAUCUCAGAGGCGGCGUCGAGCGGCAUCUCCCUGCAGAGCGAUCGGAGGGCGCGAAACCAGCGGCGGCGCGUUCACAUCACGUUAGAGCUGCCGUGGUCCGCCGAUCGGGCGAUUCAGCAGUUCGGACGUACGCAUCGGAGUAAUCAGGUUAACGCGCCCGAGUACAUUUUCCUCAUAUCGGAUCUCGCGGGCGAGCGACGUUUUGCGUCGAUCGUCGCGAAGCGACUCGAGAGCUUGGGUGCGCUGACGCACGGCGAUCGGCGGGCGACCGAAACGCGUGAUCUAAGUCAAUUUAAUAUCGAUAACAAAUACGGUAGAGCUGCUCUGGAAGCCACAAUGAAGACUAUCAUGGGAUAUGAGUCUCCACUGGUGCCUCCCCCUCAAGACUACAAAGGCGACUUUUUCAAAGACAUUGCCGACGCACUCGUAGGUGUAGGAUUAAUAGUGAAUAGUGAGAAUAUGCCAGGUGUCCUCUCGUUGGAUAAAGACUACAAUAAUAUGUCAAAGUUCCUAAAUCGCAUUCUCGGAAUGCCGGUAGAUUUACAAAAUCGCUUAUUUAGAUAUUUCACGGAUACGCUCGCGGCGAUCAUAACGCAGGCGAAGAGAUCGGGCCGCUUCGACCUGGGCAUACUCGAUCUGGGCGCCGGCGGCGAGCUCGUCAAGAGGGUGCGGACGUGGACGUUCCUCCGAAAGCACGCGACCGGAAAGGCGCCGACGGAACUUCACACGGUGCACGUCGAGCGGGGGAUGUCGUGGGACGAGGCGACCGAGAAGUGGUCGACGCUCACCGGCGGCAAGGAGGGAUUCUACCUGUCGCAUCAGAUCCGUAACAACAAGCACACCGCAAUACUCGCCGCCGAAUUCGAUACCGGUGUUAAGAAGAAAUCCGAAUCUAAGAAGGACCAAAUGUACUACGUCUAUCGGCCGAAUACCGGUUUGCAAUUUCGACAGGAAAGUUUGGCCGAGCUCGAAAAGAAAUACAAGAAGGUACAAUCGGAGGAAGCGCAAGAGGCGUGGACGCAACAGUACGAAUCGUCCCUGACGACCUGCUCGCACGCGUACUGGCGAGGUAACUGCCGAAACGUUAACCUCGGACACGACUGCGAGGUGGGCCUGCGAAGGAGAACGUACAACGUCGUCUCCGGCUCCGUUCUAUCGGUGUGGAGUCGGGUGGAAGGCGUUCUCGCCAGCAAGGUCGGCUCUCACAAUAAUAAGAUGCAAGUGAUUCGGUUAAAAACCGACGACGGUCUCAAGGUAGUUGGCACGUUAAUACCAAAAACUUGUGUAGAAUCUCUAAUAGAAGCACUUUCCUCAGACGCUGAAAAGACAGAAGAGAAAACCUUUUAAACGACUUCAUUUAGCAAAUUUUUAUUUAAUAAGAACGCCGUUACGUUUCUUCAGUUGACUGCCAGACGAUUUGCGCGUCAGGGGCUUCGCCCCGACCUGUUCUAAUCCGAUGUAAUCGUCACCACAAAAUAUUGUCAAAGUAGUUUUUGUUACUUAGUCUUAAUCUAUUUAUAAUUAUGUAAGUAAUCCGCUUUUUUUUUAAUCGUUACUAGUACUCGACUGAUGAUUGAAGUAUUAAAUAUAGCGUCUCGGCUUUGCGGGCCGACGAUUUUAUGUUUUUUACCGUGGCACACCUUAUGUGAAUAGUCGCCAAUCUAAACUUAGAAUUACUUUUUUUGUGUGAUAAUAUCUACGUGUAUAUUUCCGAUGUCGGUCUAAGACGGAAAAAAAAAACAGUAAAAAAACACCUUCGAAUAUUUUAGACUUUAAUAUUUUGUGCAAUUUUCGUUCACACUUUUUCGCUAAAAAGUAAUAAAUUAUUUACCACC